GAACGCCUUAGGUAAGUUAGCCUAUAUAACAUUCAUACGGACAAUCAUUUACUAAUACUGCAAUGCCAAGUACUAGAAGUUUUCUUCAUUUGUCAUAAACUGAAAUCCGUGAAAAUUACUUGUUCAGAAAUGGCCGAUAUGGUUGAAUACAGUGACUCCAAUAAUAUUACAACAGUAGGCUGGACGACUGAUAGGUCUGUGCCCUCUGACAUCAUUGGAUAUAUUGCGUCGACAAUUGCUGUCGUUUUCUUUGGUGCCAAUCUAGUCCCUGUCAAGAAGGCCGAUACUGGUGAUGGUAUGUUUUAUCAGUGGAUAGCCUGUUCGUCCACCUGGUUAAUAGGGCUUAUUGUCCAUUUGAUUCGAGGCUGUCCACCAUUUAAACCACUGGCGAUGCUUGGAGGGCUUUUAUGGGCAACAGGUCAUAUCACAGUGGUUCCAAUUUUGAAGACAAUUGGAAUCAGUCUCGGCUUUAUGAUAUGGGAUUCCACUAAUCUUUUGGCAGGCUGGGCAAGUGGAAGAUUUGGUUUGUUUGGUCUUCACAAAGAUGUUAUCACAAGACCAGUGUGUUCCUAUCUUGGAGUGGCGUUUUCUUUGUUAAGAGCAUUUAUGUUAAUGUUCGUUGAAGAAAAUGUAAGUGCCGAAAAUGUCCCAUCUGAUGACGAAUCAUCUGUGUUAUUAAAAGAGAGGCAGAGACGGGCAAGUACACAAGUCACAGCCGCUGAACCAGAAUGCUCUGUUGGUGCAGCGUCAUGGGUCGACAACCUCAGCCCAAUCUAUAAACGAGUCGUGGGCAUUUGUCUCUCACUAAUUGCAGGAAUAUUCUAUGGUUUAAAUUUUGUCCCAUGCAUCUGGAUUCAGCAAAAUGUUGAAGGAUCAAGUAGUAAUGGAUUGGAUUAUGUAUUUUCUCAUUAUUGUGGAAUUUAUCUAACCUCAAGUAUCUACUUCUUUUUGUACUGUGUAUUGAAGAGGAACCAGCCACAGUUACCCCCGGGGUUAAUCUUACCAUCGAUGGCCGCAGGGGUGAUGUGGGGUAUAGCUCAAUCAGGCUGGUUUGUUGCAAAUGACAUCCUUUCCACAUCUGUGUCAUUUCCGAUUGUUACAGCAGGUCCCACUUUGAUUGCUCUACUGUGGGGUGUGUUCUACUUCCAUGAGAUAACAGGGCUUAAAAACUAUAUCCUUUUAGCAGUAAUAACUGUAAUCAUUAUAGCUGGAACAAUUUUAACAGCCUUGGCUAGAUUAUAACGAAAUAUAUUUGGAAGAGGAUUCAAGACUCAAGACGCAAGAUUCGCUUUAUUUGUCCAAUACGGGAAAAUAGGUCAAAUGCAUGUUUAUCGUAAAUUUUAAAACAGGUCUAGUACAAAGUUAAGAAAAGACACUAAAACAUUAAAAAUAGCAAUCCUAUAAAAAUUAUGCUGACACAUAUUGGAAUAUAAAAUAUUUAAAACAUUUAAGGUAUAAAGCAGCUGAUUGAUUGAAUAAAAUAUUAGAACAAUAAAACUCUAUUUUGGUGUAAGCAAAUCCGACUCUCCUUACUUUGCAUACACGAACGAAAAGAGAAACACUGCCAUUAGGUAGGGGCGCCCUAUCAAGUGUCAGAAUUCUGAAGGUCGCCCGCCUUGUUUGUGGUAGUAGUCCGUUUUAUUUUCAAGGAUACCUUGGCAGUCGGAGGGCUUGCAAUUCUGUAUAAGCAGGUUUAAAGCAUUAAAAUGAGUAUGGUUAGCCAUCAGGGCCGUAAUGAAAACGCCGUUGUCUUUUUUUUUUUCAAUUCCAACUAAUCACAAGCUUUAAACAGUGCCAAAAGGUGCCCAGAAUAAAAGCGCAGUUAACUUGUUUAACAUUAUAAGAUAGGCCGAAAGCCAUGAUAAAAUUGGCCUUAGUUUUAUUUUAAAGCCGUCACGUCGUUCAA